AUGAUCUACUCUUCCGGAAGAGAAUCCUACUUCAACCUGAACUCCACCUGGUACGACCCCUCGGGGUCGUGGCUGGACACCCGGCGCACCCCGUUCCGCUACGGCUACGCCAACUGCUGCUCCUCGGGCUGCGACGGCGAGGGCGUCGAGGGCAUGAGGGGCCACGACUACCGGCACUACGGCUACAGGCAGCCCGUCUGCUCCGAGAGGUGCCAGGGCUACGGCUCCUCCGAGUGCUGCCACGGGGGCUCCGCCUGCGUCCGGAGACCCACGUACAGCUACGGCUCCUCGGGGGGCUGCCAGGGCUACGGGAGGUCUGUCUGCUCCGAGAGGUGCCAGGGAUCAGCAGGGGGCUGCCAGGGCUACGGGAGGUCCGUCUGCUCCGAGAGGUGCCAGGGAUCAUCCGGCUCGUGCCACGGAGGGGGCUCGAGCUGUGUCAGGAGACCCACGUACAGCUCGGGGUCGGCAGGGGGGUGCCAGGGCUACGGCAGGUCGGUGUGCUCGGAGACGUGCCACGGCUCGGGGUACCAGGGGGGCAAGCAAGGCUGUGUGCCCGUGCCAAAGGGCAUCCCAAGGCAGCAGCAGAAGCAGGUCUGCAAAAUUCCAGCCCGGAAGAUAAAGUAG